AGCUUUUACUAACAGGACUCGCUGGCCAACAAUAUCAUCGCUUGGAAUCUCAGAAACCAGAACAACAUGCACAACUUUUAUUUAUUUAUUGGAGAUAAAUACAAGCCACGGUUUCCGCCUUUCUCCUAUCCAACUUCAAAACCAAAGCGCUUCUACUCGAUCGGGAAAACAAGGGAAAGGUUGAGCGCUCGGAUCACGGCGGCGAUGGAAGCAGCUGGAAUCAAAGGGGGCAAGGUGAUUGUUGGGAAACAGUACUGUGACAACGAAGAGCGCGAGCUCACGGUGAGGAAAACCUCCGUCUUCUUCUCCGGCGACGGAUUCGCUGCCUACGAUCACCACACAGGAGUUCUAGUCUUCCGCGUCGACACCUACGCACGAGGCCCCGGUGUCGUCAUCGACGAGCUCGUCCUCAUGGAUCCCGUCGGAACUUCAAUCAUCACACUCCGACGAAAGCGGCCAAGCCUUCACAAUCGGUGGGAGGGUUUUCUAGGGGAGCGAGCAGAAGGGCAGAAACCUCUGUUUACCGUGCGGCGGUCCUCUAUCUUCGGGGGUGAUCGCGCCGGAGUGACGGUGGAGGUGCACGGCGGAAGCGGGGCUGGCGAAGGGGUGACCGAUUACCGGGUCGAGGGUUCGUUCGCCGCGCGGUGCUGCAGGGUGAUUUAUGCGGGGGAGGGGGAAGGGGAGGAGGAGGGGGAGGUGGUUGCCGAGAUAAAGAGGAAGGUGGAUCCAUGUGCUCAUGUGAUUCUGGGAAGAGACGUGUUUUGUCUCUCCCUCCGGCCUCGGGUUGACGCCGCCUUUGUCAUGGGGCUAGUCAUUGUGCUCGAUCGAAUCUGCGGGGACGAAGAUGUUGGUGCCGGUGUGGAUCCUGCCGCCGUAGCGGCUGUCGAGGUCGGCUGUCGAGGUGGUGGAUGGGGACUUUGA